AUGGUUGUUAAGAUUCUGCUCAGCCUGCUGCUCCUUUUCAUUGCCUCCGAAUUGGUUUUGGCCCAGUGCUCCCAAAACCUUUGUCCGGCGGUCAAGAACUCUAAUAAACGGUGUCGGGGAAAUCUGCAGUAUCAGUGCGUCUGCGAUUUCACUUGCUCUGAGUGGGAUAAACCCUGUAAUUGGGUCCUCAGCUGUGAGGCUGAGGUCAACGAUAUCAAUGUGGUUCGCAACAAAAAGAACAAGUUAAUUCUUUUGAGAUUGCCCCAUCUCAAUCACACGGAGUGUCUGGACAUCAAUAUUAACACCCACAAGCAUCCAAAUUGUUGCAACCUGUUCUGCAACGCUAAUGUUAAGGAUGUGUGUUUCUAA